AUGGCCAAAAACAUAUCUUUUCCACUAGUCAUCGUAUUAUUCUCCAUCUUCUUCUUUCUUGUUAACUCAUCCAAGGCAAUGCCUUCGUUCAAUGUGCAAAGAUACGGAGCUAGAGGUGAUGGGAGAACAGAUGCCACCAAGCCAUUUUUGACGGCUUGGUCAUUGGCUUGCGGCUCAAGUUCUCAAGCCAUGGUCUACAUUCCCCGUGGAACAUACUUGGUUGGAAACCUAGUCUUUUGGGGUCCUUGCAAGAACAUUAUAACUUUCAAAAUCGAUGGAACACUCGUUGCUCCGGAAAAUUACUGGAGUAUAGGUAGCUCUGGUUACUGGAUCCUAUUCGCUAAGGUAAACCGGAUCUCAGUUAUUGGUGGAACCAUUGAUGCUAGAGGAGCUGGUUAUUGGUCUUGUAGAAAGAAAGGUGGUCAUUGUCCUCAAGGUGCAAGGUCUAUAUCGUUUAGCUGGUGCAACAAUGUUCUACUAAGUGGCCUAACGUCGUUGAAUAGCCAGAAUAUGCAUGUCACGGUUCAUCAUUCUUCUAAUGUUCGGAUUCAGAACAUAAGGAUUAGGGCUCCAAGUGGAAGCCCCAACACCGAUGGUAUCCACGUCCAGUCUUCUUCUGGAGUCACCGUUAGUGGUGGAACCAUUGCGACCGGUGAUGACUGCAUUGCUCUUAGUCAAGGAUCUAGGAACAUUUGGAUCGAACGUGUGAAUUGUGGACCAGGGCAUGGGAUCAGCAUUGGGAGUCUUGGGGAUUACGCUAAUGAGGAAGGUGUGCAGAAUGUAACCGUCACGAGCUCUGCUUUCACCAGGACACAAAAUGGUGUAAGGAUAAAGACUUGGGCUAGACCGAGCAGAGGGUUUGUGAGGAGUGUGGUGUUUCGAAAUUUGAUAAUGAAGAAUGUCGAUAACCCGGUGAUUAUCGACCAAAACUAUUGUCCUAAUGGAAAAGGCUGCCCUCGUCAGGUGUAUAGCGUUACUUGAAUCUCUUAUAGUCUCAAAUUAUUUUCUAAUGGAAGACUUGUUAUGAUUGAUCAUAUAGAGAUCUGGUGUGAAGAUAAGUGGAGUGACUUAUGCAAACAUAAAAGGAACAUCAACGACACCAAUAGCUAUGAAGUUGGAUUGUAGU